AUGGCGAACCAGCGGUCGGACGUCGACGACGACGAGAUGACGGGAGUGACGGCGAACGACGAGAUGACGUACGUCGAAGAGAAGGGGAGUCGAUCGGACGAAGAGGAUGACGGGACCGCUGAGGAAGAGACCAAGGAAGAUGAGGGGAUGACCUCGCCGACCGAGGACGCCGAGACAACCGCAGCGCAAGGCGAGGCGCCGAAGGAAGGCGGGAAGGGGCUGGUGAAGCCGCAGUCGGCGUAUUUUCACUUCCUCGCGGCCAAACGCCCGCAGGCCAAGGCCGAGAACCCUGGCGCGACGAUUGGGACGAUUCAAAAGGUCCUCGGGACCAUGUGGAAGGAGCUGACGCCCGAAGACAAGGAGCCCUACGUGCAGCUGGCCCUCAAGGACAAGGAGCGCUACACUGCGGCCAAGCAAGACAUGAUUGACCGCGGAAUAGACCUGGCGCCGGAAAAGCCGGCGGCGCCACCGGCAGAAGACGUCUUGAUCCUGCCCCUCUCGCGGGUCAAGCGCAUCAUCUCCGCGGACCCGGACGUCGGCAAGGUCUCCAAGGACGCUCAGAUCGCCAUCGCCAAGGCUACCGAGCUCUUUAUUCAAUUCCUUGCGGCGAAGGGCUACGACAGCGCGCUCAUUUCCAAGCGCAAGACGAUCAAGGAUUCGGACCUCCUGCAAGCCAUCCACGCUCUGGGGUGCUUGGACUGGCUGCGCGACGACUUUCCGCAAUCGUCGGCGGCGUCAGCAACGAGCCGGUCGGCCGAGCCCAAGGCCAAGCCCAUCGAAGCGCCGACGAGCGAGGCGUCGCGCAUCACGUCGUUCUUCACGCGCUCGUAG